AUGGCUUUGUCACCGAGUCAAGAUGAUCGCCAUCAGGUGCUCCAACAACUCGCAGCGGCAUGGGGCAUUGCCAGCCUUGCUCCGUUAUCGUCGCUAACCCGGCCCGACCCCUCACAACAAUCCGCGGGCUUCCAGGCCCCUAAUGAUGACUUCCUUGCCGAGGAACUUCUCAAACGCCGCCGAAUAGAUGCCGGCCAUGAUAAGAACUCCCAGGGCGGCAUCCGGCGGGCUUUCACGGGCAAGAAGAAGGGCUGGGAAUCGCAAGAGGUCUUCAAGGCUCUUGAUGCUCAUGUCGAAAAUGGUGGCUCACCUGGGGUGGCUGAGGCUCUCAUCUCUAAGCUGAUGGCGGCCGGCGGGGACUUGAAUGUUGCAAACACCAAGCGUCGGACUAACCUGCUCACCCGGAGGAAGAGCCUUGAGUCGCUCGAGCGCAGCCGAGUCCUGCAGAAGGCCAUCGGGAAUCGCCAGGCGGACAUGGUCGCCGCCCUAGUGCAGUACGCCGAUCGCGUGACCCUCGACAGCGCACUCCCCGUGGCCAUCCGUUCUGGUGAUGUUGCGAUCGUGGAACUAUUGCUUCGCUGUGGCGCAAAUGCCUCUCAGACAGCAGAUGGCCAGGACGCUUUCCGGCAGUUAUGCAUUACCGGCGGCCAAGCGGACCUCGUAGGACUCAUUCUCCAGUCCGACGGCCGCCCUUCCUCGAGCUGGGUUUCGCAAUCGAUGGUGGAUGCGGUACGGAGGGGAUGCCUCGACACGGUCCUCCGCCUCAGUCGAUCGACUGCAGAUGGGAACUAUAACAACGCGCAGGUGCUGAAGGAGGCCAUCAUCCUGUGUCGGGUGGACAUCGUGCUUGCAAUUCUGACAGGGGCGAAGCCGCCGACCGGGCCAGGCCUCGAUGAAGCUUUUGGAAGUUUGUUCGCUAACACGAAGAUCGGGCCGAAUGAGAAGCUGGCUCUCGCACACGGUCUCUUGUGUGCGGGCGCAUCGGGGGACGUGGUCUCAGAAGCCUUGGUGCAAGCCUCCUCGGUAGGGUUUUAUGAAAUGGUCGACUUGCUCGUCUCGUACGGAGCGUCUGUCGAGUAUCAGGACGCAAUGGUUCUGCAGGCCGCCAUCUCAAGUGGUAAGACUCAUCUUGUCCAGUUGUUAUUGACGGACAACACAACAUUGAGCCGGGCGAACGCCUCCCAAUGCGUAUCGCAAAUCCCCAAGGAGAUCGUGCCAGAGGAUCGACAGAACCUUCUAAGUAUGCUGUUGCGCAAAGGUGCAGGCGGCCCACCAGUACACGAUGCGCUGGUCGAUGCAGUGGAGGCUGGGGAUAUAGAAUCCGUGAACCUUCUCCUCACACAACACUUCCCCGUUGGACGACUCGUUCUCGGCCACGAUCUACGGAACGACACCCGAGGAAUUGUUUACGAUGGACGACACGAGACCGCAUCCGUCGACCAUCGAGGGGGUCUGGCUCUGCAAAUCGCCGUUAAAGCUAGCAAUAUCCCCUUGGUCAAACUGCUCCUAGCUGGCAAGCCAACCUUGGAGACCUUAGCCGAGAUCUUCCCACAGAUAUUGCCCCUCUCUCCUGUCGCCAGAUAUGAAGUUGCUCAGUCCUUCCUAGCUACCGGCUUAAGAGGUCCCUGCGUCUCACAGGUUCUCCAGGAAGCCAUCGAGGAGGAACCACCACGGAGGGAUGAGCAUCUCAUCGGCUUACUUCUCAGUUGCAAUGCCGAUGUCAACUUCAACGCCGGAGCGGGAAUCCUGUCGGCCAUUUCCCACCAAGAUACCAACCUUCUGGAAACCUUGCUCAAUAACGGUCCAACAGCCGAGACUGCUGCAGCAGGGAUACCCAAGGCACUGGCUAUUGAAGACCGCCCGAAGCGGUACAAAAUGAUAACCCUACUCACACAAGCAGGAGCCGCGCGGGAGGCCAAGGAAAUAUCGGCCGCCAUGGUGCAGGUCCUCCAAUCGAAGCCGAUCGAUGCCGAGCUUUUGAACCUUCUGCUAGAACAUGGGAAAGGCGAUGUCAACUUCCUGCAAGGCAUCCCCGUCGUACAUGCGGUUCAUAAUGGCAACUCGGCGAUUCUCGAGCUUCUACUUCAGAAAGGGAAGCCCACCCCUGAGACGCUCAAUCGCGGUCUCGAUGCGUUGACCGAAAUGCCCACCGACGCAGCCAAGGCAGCAAAAUUCGAAUCCAUUCUACAGCGCAGCAAUGACAAAGCUUUUCUCAGCCAUCUUCUAGUCAAGGAGGUCCAGACGUUGGUCAAGACGACGAACGAGAAGCAACUCCUAACUGUCGUCAAGUCGCUCCUGUCAUCAGGAGCCGAUGUUAAUUUUCACAAGGGGGCAGGACUCUGCAUCGCCGUUUCUGCGGCCAAUGCCCCGGUAUCCGACCUCCUUUUCGCCGCCCGCCCAAAUCCCAUGUGCCUAGCGGCAGGCCUCCCCCAUGCCCUUCACAUUGCGGAUCCCAUGGACCGUCUCACCUUUACUAAGAAGCUAAUCGACGCCGGCGCGCCUGCCGGGGAGGCCAAUCGCGCCCUGGUCCACGCUGUCAACACAUAUCCCGACGACAUCUCGCUAAUCAAGAUUCUUGGGGCUCGUGCGGAGCUGGGCGACGGCGAGGCCCUCAGCUGCGCGAUACGGAGGGAGAAUGCCGACGUCGUUGAGGUCCUCCUCCGAGACGCGUCCAAGAAGUAUGUCGCCGCUCUCUUCAACGCCAAGUUCGAGGAGGCGGCCAAGGUCGCGCACAAGGAGAAGCGCCUGCGCAUCUGCGAGCUGUUGCUCGGGGCGGGCGCCUCCGAACCUGUCGUCUCCGACGCACUGCUGGCCGCCGCGGCCGAUGGCGACCUGGCCCUCGGGAAGAUGCUCUUGGACCGAGGCGCCAGCGCAGACCAUAAGGAGGGACAGGCAAUCGUGGAGGCCUGCCGGGCCGGCGCGGCCGAUGUGCUCCGGAUGCUGCUGGGGAGCAGAGACGAGGUGAAGAAGCCCGUGCUGGCGAAGGGGUUCCAGGCCGCGACCGAGGCCGGCGACCUCAAGAAGCGGGCCGACGUCUUCCGCCUGCUGCUGGAGAAGGGCGUCGGCGGCGAGGUGGUCGACGCGCAGCUCGUGUCUUCCGCGAGGUUCGGGGACGACGGGACGCCGCUGGUGAGGCUGCUUCUCGAGUUCGGCGCCAACGUCAACUACAACAAUGGCGACGCGGUCUGGACGGCGACCCGCAGCGCGAUGAUGGGCAAUCUCGCCCUAAUGCUCGGCAUCGAGAAGGCCGGAGAGCGGCAGCAGAAGCCGUCGACGGCGACAUUGGCCAAGGCUCUGAAGGCAAGCUGGAGACUGAGUCGGGAUCCGCGGUAUCAAGUCAUCGAGUGGGUCUUUGCAGCUGGCCAGCCCGUGUCGCAAGACGAGAUCCAUAUGACGCUGAGCAAAGCUGUCAAGAAUGAGCCUGAUCUGCGCCUCAUCAGGUUGCUACUCGGCAAGGGGGCAUCGCCGCUGACGAAUGGGUGUCAGAGCCUGAUCGAUGCUGCGCAAAGCCUGUUGGUGGAUGUGGUGGAUGUCUUUCUUGAGGCUGAAACCCCACAGUCUGACCUGUCUUGGACCUUCAAAGAGACAUUCACACCCGCAGCUGCUGAUGUAUGGCUCUCGGAACAGGGCUACCAGAUCGCGAAGCGACUUUUAGAAAAGGGAGCCCAAGGAGGGGCUGUCGCGACUGCCCUGAGCACUGCUGUUGACAUCUACGUCUCCGAUCCCAACAUGGAUGCCCUCACCCGUCGAUUCAUCGAUCUUCUAGUGCUCCAUGCCGAUGUCAACAGCGAGGAUGGCUUGGUGCUUCAGAAAGCAGCGAGGCUGGCUGAUCCCGAACUCGUCGAGCAGAUCUUGAAGCAAAAACCAGGCUCUCACACUAUCUCCCUAGCCUUCCCGUACAUAUUCGACUCUGAUCUUGACGAGGAUAGGAUCCUCCCUCUCAUAGCCCUCUUCACUAACUACCACGACGGAGAGGAAAGACUGGAUGUGGUGUCUGCGCACGCCGAGUCCGGUCCGGUCCUUUUCCGAGCCGUCUCCCAGUUUCCGCGGUCGGUCAAGGUUGUGCAAGCCCUGCUCGAAGCAGGGUUCUACCGCGACCAGAUGGAAAUGGCCCUGGUCAUGGCCGAGGUCGAGGAAGAGGAGCCGGUCAGCCUCUUGCUUUGGGCGCUCCUGCAGCCACAAAAGAGGGUGAGCGACGGGGUCGUCGAAUUGCUGAUUAGCAGCGGCGCGAACGUCAACUUUGAGACGCGCCUAUCAAAGACCACGCCCCUCAUGCUGGCUGUGCAGAACCGGCGACAGAACAUCGUCAAGUGUCUUAUCCUAGCUGGGGCAGAGGUUGACGUUAUUGAUGCUACUGGCAACACGCCCUUGACAAUGGCAACUCGGGUUGGGGGUGAUCUGGGUACCAGUAUGAUGUCGAAUAUCCUGGCUGCGGAACCCAGCAAGAAUGAUGGUUCGCUGCACAAUGCUGCUCGCGAGCUUAACCUCCGCGCCGUCCAGGUUCUCGUUGACUUUGGCCAUGAUCUGGACUUCCCCAGUCCGAUACAUGGUGGACGAAGCGCCUUGGCCGAGUUGUGCCUCAAUGCUGCGCAUGCCGGUGCUCUCACCGCGGCCCAAGAGAAGCAGAUGGCGAAGGUCAUGGCCUACCUCGUCGAGCAGGGGACAGACCUCAGCCUCCACUCGGACGGGAAAUCCGCCCUCCUCCUAGCCCUCGAGUCGCCCGAUGCCCUGGCAACGACACGCGCGCUCCUCAAGGCCGGGAUGUGGAAGCACAUCAACGAGCCUUUCAACAACUACGUCGACAACACCUACACAUACUCGCCGACCCAAUACGUCACCCGCGUCCUCUCCGAGUCCCCCAUCAAGCCCGCCCUCCUCGGGCUUCUCAAGGCCAACCGGGCGCGGGACAUUUUCUACGCCAACGACGGGCCCCAGCCCGAGGGCGCGGUCAACCUGCCCGAGGACCUACUCCACGCCGAGCGAAUGCGCCGAGCGCGGCUCGAGCGGCUCGCGCUGGAAUCGGAGGACCAGGCGCUCGCGGCGGCGCGGCAGCGCGACAUGGCGGCCGUGCAGAACCGGCUCCUGGCGGAGCGGGCGGAGCUCGAGGAGGCGCGGGCGCGGCGGCGGCAUGCGGAGGAGCUGGGGCGGGUGCGGGAGGCGAGCGCGGUGCAGGACGAGGUGUUCGCGGCGCAGCUGCGGCGGGCGAGGGCGGAGCGCGAGGAGGCGCUCGGGCACGAGAGGGCGCUGGCCGAGGCGGGGCUGGCGAGGACGAGGCUGAUCGCCGAGGCGCGCAUGGAGGUCGAGGAGGGCGGGCGGGCCAGGAUGCUGGAGUGGGAGCGCCGGGUCGGGGCCGAGCAGGUGCGGAACGCGAAAGAGCUGAGCGCCGUGCGGGUCAGGGAGAGGGAGGAGGUCGAAAGGCUUGAUGCGGCGAAUGAGGCGAGGGUGCUGGGGAGGAUCGCGGAGCAGAGGAGGUUGGUUGAUAGCCAGAAUAGCCUGGCUGGGAAGCUCACCGCUUCGGGGGCUAAUGGGCGGAGGCAGAUUGGGUAUAUUACUGGGGAGCUGGACUAA